UGGUAAUUUAAGAGAGACAGUAAUAAAGUAGGGUUCGUAAUAAUUGAGCUCUGCCUUUUCCCUAAAAUGGGUUCUUCGACGAAAUGGGCAACCACCAUUUCCACCAUUUCUUCUUCCUUGUAUUUCCUUCUCAUUAUUCUCCAAAUUCCACUCUUCAGGGUUCCUUGUAGAACUGGAAUAUGCAGAGGGCCAUUAGAGGUGACAGCCUCACACUUAAUUGCUACCGAAUUGUUUCCUUCAGCUGCAGUGAAGACUGUACUGUACCCUGGGGCUAUUGCACAUGCUUUCUUUAACAACAAAGCUAUACCAACUUAUCAUCACUUCAAGAAGUCAUUUACUUUUGUCUCUUUUAAGUCAGCCCCAGUAACCUUUGAUGAUCUACAACGACUUGAGGUCCUUGCAGGAAGCUAUUUGUCAGUGGCUGGAGCAUUUGCAUGUCUCAUAAAACCAGGGAGAAUGAGCUUCUUUGGGACACUGUUGGUCAUGUGGGGUCUGGCUAGAGAAAUGUUUCUGAGAAAAUCAACCAACAUUUAUUCUGGGAAAGCUGUCCUUAUUCAUCCUGCAAUGUUCAUUGCUCUGGUUUUUGCCUUUUUGUCUAUAAGAAGGGAUAUAAGGAAGAUCUUUCGUAGUAGCAAAAGCCGGUCCGUUAUGAAAGCCAAACUUGUAUAAAAUUUGAAGCAGCAAAAACUUGUAUGAGGAAUUACACUAGUUUUAGUUUGGAUUAAUGAUAUAUAAAUGUUAAUAACUGAUCUCUAUGUGACUCUGACUAAAGAAAUAUAUUGGAGACAAUGUUCUUAUGUUUUGUGUU